CAUGUGUAUGUUGACUUGGUUGAUUGUGUGUCAUCGAACCUCGACUGAAUGAAACGUUGUUCAUAUUAUCAAUCACUGGAUUGUCUGUACCAGGCUCCCUUUUAUAUAUAUAUAUAAAGGCCGCGGUUCUCAAGCUGUGUAAUUAGCGACGCUAAACAAAAAAUGAUCAACGAGCACACUCAUCCAGGCCUGAGACGCACAACAACAAAUUGCGCUGUCAAGAUCAAUAAUAUUUCACACAAGUUACAGAGAUCGCGAGAGGGAGCUCGGCUACUGGCAAUCUGCGUCGCCAACUGAGCAGCAACAUUUGCACUGAGCGUGAGACGACAAUGGUGAGCUCUUCACUGUGCAGUGUUCAGCGCUGAGUAGAAACACGGAGUCUACGAGGUUUCUCUCACUCUAUGCUGCGGAUAACACGAUAUCACUGGACUUAGGCAUGGCGUCUGUCAAUACUACGUUCAAUGAAUCUGCGUCUCCGUGGUCUGUGGCGUCUGAACCCAAUGACAGAUGGGCGUGGUGGAUGAAGCAGAUCCUCACUCCUAUUAUAGUGGCCAUAGGUUUCGGCGGUAAUAGCCUCUCUUUCGUCGUGAUGAAAACGAGAUCAUGGAGACAUAAGUCCUACAGCCAUUUCCUGUGUGCCUUGGCUGUGUUUGACAGCCUCACUCUCAUCAACAGGGAGAUCCUUCUGGUUCAUGAACUUCGGGAAUACGCAGGAGAUACGGGACUUUACGCUGGAUUCUCAGACCUUGCGUGCAGCAUUCACAACUUCUACGAACACAUGUGCUAUUUGAUGUCAUCAUGGCUCAUAGUGUGUAUGGCGCUUGAGAGACUAGUUGCGGUCUAUUUUCCGUUGCGUAAGGCUUUCCUGUGCACCCAGCAUGGCGCACUGAUCGUUAUCCUGGCCCUUGCAAUGCUACUGACAUAUACUCAAGUGUUCCGAUUCUUCAUGGUGGGCAAGAUAGACGACAAGUGCGUGGCCUUGACCGACUACCUCACCGUGUACACGUCACUGCACGUGUAUCUCUACCAGUUCACGCUGAUUUUCGUCCUUCCGGUUGUCAUAGUCCUCACGUGCAACGUCCUCGUCCUCCACAGGAUAUACCGAGUGAAAAAGCUCCGACGCCCAGAAGACUAUGCUCUGCCAAGAUCAAGAAGAAAUGUUGCUAAAACUCACAAAACGACCUUGAUGCUGGUCACAAUAUCGUUCGUUUACGUUGUGACCUUGUUUCCAUCCGUCAUCGUCUCGGUAAUCGUCCACGUUGCCAUAGCAACCAGGUAUAAGGGAAUGCGGGAAUUAUUUCACACACUUUAUCCCUUUAUUGACAUUUUCGAGUUGUGUUCGGACAUCAACUAUUGCUCAAAUUUUUUCAUAUAUAUUUUGUCAGGGAAAGUGUUUAGAUUUGAACUGAGGCGAAUAUUUGCAUGGGAGAAGAGCACGGCCGUAACAACGACGAAGGUCAAGGACGAUUUCGCUCUUGUGUGACAAUUUCCGUCUGGAUACAUGUUGUUCACAUCAUUGGCGUGUCUCGUAGUGUGGGAUACCUUAGGGAACGCUCUGGCGUUCUCGAUUUGGUUUAACUAUCGCAUUCUCGUGUUGUAAUACAGAUUUCCUUUUCUCACAAGUCGAGAUUGAGAUUUGUAUCUUCAUGUCCAUAUGUUGCCAUCUUGCCUUGUCAAAUCAAGCGAAAAAUCACAAUUCACAUCCCCGUGUUCUCUCUCAUUCAUGCGCGUCU